GUUGUCAAAGCCAGGUUAGUUUAAAUUAGUUUUAGAGGGUGACCGCUAGUAAACUUAAACUUUGACGAAACCCCAUAGCGGAGCCCUUGAGGUUCCGAUAACUUAGCGGUGAGCGGCAGCCACAGGAGUCUGACGGAGAAAACUUGGCUGCACGCUGAGAUAACGAUGGUUUAGCGGCCGCCAAGCCAGCAAAACCCUCCUCUUAACACGCUCAUACAAUUAACCUGAUACGUUUUCUUAUAUGACCGCUGAGACUUACCCGUGUGUGGUUUUGGCAUUCAUUUGCCGAGUGGAUUGCUAAACGGGAUCAGCUGAUUUUCCCGAUUCGGGCUUGGGACAGACUGCCGCCAGCAAGUCAUGAAUGUGUUCAUCAUUGAAAACAUUCAUCUGAUUUGGACUUAUGAAUGUGUUCAGAUGCCAACGCUUUGCGUGUUUCUGGACGACAAGGACAUAUUUGUUUUUGUUGAGUUGAACAGCUCAAAGGCGUAGUACGUGCGUUUGCAUUCUUUGCGUCAGGCCUGCAGGCAAUUAAAAGUAAACAGUGUCACCGUACAGCUGUUAUGCACGCUAAUGUGCUUAAACUUGGCAUUUACAGCAUCUGUGAAUGAGUCUUCGCAACAACAUUGUUAACAUUUAUAUUCAGUACAUGGAAGUGGGAAGUGCCAAAUUCAAGUGAAAUAGUUUUCAGUUUUGAGCGAACUGUAACUAGGCCUUUCAUCGGGCGACAUAUAAGGCGGAUAAGGUAACAGGACCUUUGAAAGCUUUUGUACAUUCAACGUGGAUUGUCACGAAACAGGUGGAUAUUCAAUCAUUUAACGACAUCAACUGCACUCGAAAUGGCUUCCGUGAUCACAAGUGAACGGAUGUUUCUUUUAAUUUUCCUGACGGGUCUUUUCUACGUUUCCGUCGCCUCGAGAAAAACUAUCAAACUCGGCGUCAUUCUGCCAUUCAGUGGCAAAUCGCCGUGGACAAGGUCAAAGAUUGGGCCAGCUUUGGAGAUUGCUAUCUUGUCCAUUAAGGCGCACGCGUCGAUAUUACCUGAUUAUGAAUUUGUUAUGACUUUGGCGGAUUCAAAAUGUUCAGCGACCUCUGGCCCCCUGGAGGCCAUCGAAAUGCAUUGCAAGCAAUCGGCGCACGUGUUCUUCGGUCCGUUCUGUGACUUCUCUCUGGCCCCCGUGGCGCGCUAUGCGCCAUCUUGGAAUAUCCCUGUCAUCACGGUAGGUGGCAUGGCAUCCGCGUUCGACAACAAAGGAGGUGAAUAUAAAUUACUGACCCGGAUGUCGAGCCCUUACUCCAAAAUGGCCGAGGCUGUCGAAGCUAUCAUGGCUAAAUUUCAGUGGAGAAACAUCGCAAUUCUGUAUGACAACAAGAUUGGAGACCAAGUAAGGUCUUGCUUUUUCCAAACUGAGGCUUUGUAUUCGACCUUGACCCGGAGUCGGACGCCAUACAAGAUUUGGUAUAAGAAGUUCGAUUUCUCUAGGAACGUGGGAAAUGAGGUGUUGCAGACUUUGCUGCGGAAUGCGUCAACUCAAAGUCGAAUAAUUUUCUUGUGCGGCCGUGCAGACUCUAUCAGACAGAUGAUGUUGCAAGCGGCUGAGGUUGGCUUCACGAAUGGAGACUAUGCCUUUAUAAACAUUGACGUAUUCAGUAGUAAAGCGAUAUUUGAGAGACCAUGGUACAAGGAAACCGACGCACCUGAGCAGAAUGCCAAGGCCAAGACGGCUUUCGAAGUGCUGAUGACCAUCACCCUCAAGACCCCCGACAGUGUGGAUUACCGCGCCUUCUCGUAUGAAGUCAAGAGGCGGGCGAUGCGGGCCUACAACGUCCGUUACGGUGCUGAUGAGGUGAACAGCUUCCCUGGCGCACUCCAUGAUGCCAUCUUCCUGUAUGCUCUAGCGCUGAAUGAAACCCUGGCGGCCGGAUUCGACAUUACCAACGGCAGAGAGGUCACCAAGAAAAUGUGGAAUCGAACGUUCCAAGGUGUUACUGGUACAAUCAGUGUUGAUGAGAAUGGUGACAGGAUUGGUGACUAUUCCCUCAUGGACCUCAACCCAACAACAGGAAAAUUCGAGGUGGUUGCCAACUACUACGGCAAGAGAAAACAGUACGAACCCGUAGCGGGGAAAGAUACCCACUGGCCUGGAGGGAACACACCACCAGGAGAUACACCGGUAUCUGGAGCCGGGACAGCUUGAUGUUGAAGUUUUUGGACCUUGCUACUUACCAUACGGAGGUUCUGGUUAAGCUACCUGACAUUCACCAUAGGGAGAUCGUGCAGUACAGGAGAAAAUAAUACGUUGACGGUGCACUCGGACUUGCUUUAUACGGAGGUAGCAAUAGGUCUGUCUCAUGAUAGAACGUUAGGGACAGACGGGAACCUAAGAAGUACCUAAUUCAACGUACCAUGCUUGUUAACUUUGAUGCUAUUGGUUACACGAGCAUUACCACCAGGGCUGCGCUGCUGUGAUGAAUACAUACGUAAGGUCCUUCUUCUGAUUGGUGGUCACCAAAGCACAUUAGGAACGCCCACCUAUACAUACAAUAGCUUUUUGACAACGUGCAUUCAUGGUUAACUGUCAAUGAAGGGAAAUCGAUGUUACCGACGUUACCGAAUAGGCCUUGUUAUAGACAAGCGGUCAAUUAUUGCUAAAAGCCUGAUUGGCUCUUAUUAACCAAAUUGAGUAUCUUUUUAUUAUCUAAGCAGUUACUAUGCAAAAGAAACCGGUUCAUUGUUGGACUGUGGCUGAGCAACAGUAACAAGUUAUGACUGUGAUAUGGGUCUAGUUUUAGCGCGGUUUUUAGUACAGUGUUGUCGAAUUGAACGAACAGUCAUGUGUGAUAGAGUGCUUGUUGGCAUGGAGGAGAUGGCCCUUCUCCGGGAAGGGUACCAGCGACAUAGAAAUAAUUAUGUUCGCAUUCUAGGCCACAUCCGGCAAAAUGUCAACCGUUUGCCGGAACGCACAAGGGCAUUAUCCGCUAGGCGAACCGCAAAACAACUCAGACGAAGGAUAAGAGAAGUUAUUGCAAGAGAAAUUGCUGAGUUAGUACAUGUAUCGUAUACCUCCCUCCACAAACGCACCCACACCCCACACAACAGUAGCACAGUAACAAAGGGGCCAUUCCCAUAUACCGAUUAUUCAAGGGGAGCACAACUCAUUCCACGAUUGUCGAUAAUGACCUGAGUGCUGAUACAAUAUUUGUGGACAUGGCCACUGUAGAACAGGUGCGGGGGAUCCUCAGUCUCUGGGAUCUCGAUUGCGUGUACCGUUCCAUCUAUCGCCCCAACAGCAUCUGGAAUAGUAUCCCAGUUGCCCCGCAGUUGUUCCCACUCUUCAUCGGUCGGCCAUGUUAUUCCGUCUUGAAAAUAAGUCCACAAAACAUCUGUCAUAAAAUAAAGUUCCCUGCAAACAGAUUGCUUGCUGAUUUCAAACAUUGCACUCAUCGCAACAAUGUCCGGAUAUUUCUUGAUCCAAUAGAAAAAAAGUAGUAAACGGUUCUCCACCGGCAGCAAAUGAUCUCGGUACCGUCCUGGCCUGUUUUCCAGAAGGGGCGUAAUGUCCUCUACGAGGUGCUGGAAAGAGGCCACUGUCUCACCUGAUAGAUACCAAAAGUCCAUCUGGUGGUUUCUAAUCCUGGUAAACCGUCGUUACCACCGUAUGGACCAUUUGGUUGAUUGGUGAGAACUUCAUCAAGUCUUGGAGGCAACGGAGGCGGACGCACUUCUAAAUUAUGAAAUGCUGGUGUAAGCAAAACUGGUGGCGGUGGUAUGGGCGGCGGAGCAGCGAACAAAAACAUCCUAAUUCUCUCCAUGGUGAAAGUAGCGUGAGGCCAAGCGACUGCUGGCCAACACAAACCAUGGCAAUUAAAUGUUAUCAAUAAUCAAUUCAAUUCCGGACAAAGGAAUGAUAUUUUAUUGACCAUUUUCAAUGCGUGUCUAAUCAUGUCACCACAGGGAUAAGGCUAGACGCAUAAUAAAGGAAAAUUACAUGAACCUUCCCAUAUGGGCGGUCUAUUGCCAUUGAAUGCAAUUAUCCAGUGCAAAGAUCAUUGUUACAUGGCCGGCCUCCAUUCAGAACUUGGAACGCAAACGUACUCCACGUGACAUGUGAAGGCCUAUUAGAUUAAUCCUGCUACGCGUCCAUGGACGUUGAUUUUGGUUCCCGUCCGUCCCUAACGUUCGGUUAUGAGACAGACCUAGUACAACUGUUUGAUAUUCGCCAUGGAAAUCCCGCCGUACGUACAGGGACAAUAGGCGUACAGCUCGUUGACGGGGCACUUGGACUUGCUCACGGAGGUACCAGUAUGAUAUUUGCCAUGGAAAUCCCGCCGUACGUACAGGGGCAAUAGGUCUACUGCUUGUUGACGGGGCACUUGGACUUGCUCACGGAGGUUCCAGUACAACUGUUUGAUAUUCGCCAUGGAAAUCCCGCCGUACGUACAGGGGCAAUAAGCCUACUGCUCGUUGACGGGGCACUUGGACUUGCUUACGGAGUUACCAGUACAACUGUCUAAUAUUCGCCAUGGAAGUCCCGCCGUACGUACAGGGGCAAUAGGCCUACGUCUUGGACUUGCUUACAGAGGUACCAGUAUAUACAACUGUUAUAUUCGCUUUGGAAUUUCCGCAUGCAGUACAAGGGAAUUCUGCUCGUUGACAGGGCAUUCGGCCCUGUAACGGAGGUAUCGGUACAACUGCUGACAUCGGUGACGGAGAUCCCACAGUACAGGGAAGUCCCGUUGGAGUCAAAAGUUGCAGCACUGCGCACAAACUCGCCCAAGUGCCGAAAUUUAAAAAUGUCAGACACUGGAAUUGAUCAAUUGCCGCCAUCUUGGUUGUCAGCAACCUGAGAUUCAAGGUUUUGACAAUCCUACAUCAUAAACUGUGUCACCAGUUCAGACUGUAAAUCUUUUCAGGCCGAAUUAGUGCCACUUUCUCUCAUAAAACGUUUUAUCUUAUUAAUAAACAACAAAAUAUUAUCUUUACUAAUAAAAUUUGACA